AAAUGUUCCCUGACCCAGCGUUAAAGCAGCCUGCCCCUUUUGCUGACUUAUCACCGCCAGCUGUAAGCAGGUCAGCCCACGCCCCUGGCAGCAGAGCCCAGAGAGGCUCCUCUUGCCGAGCCACAGGUGCCAUCCCAGGAAAGCCCCCCAGGACCACUGGCUGCCCACAAGAGAUGAAGGAUGGCAUCCAAGGGGUCCGGCAUGUCUUUCUCCCGUAAGAGCUACAGGCUGACAUCAGACACUGAGAAGUCCAGGGUCACAGGCAUUGUGCACGAGAAACUACUGAAUGACUACCUGCACCGCAUCUUUUCCUCUCCUGAGCAUGCGCCCACUGCAGCCACCAGCAGGAAACCCCUGAACUUCCAGAACCUGCCAGAGCAUCUGGACCAGCUGUUACAUGUAGAGGAUGAGGAUGAGGAGAGCCAGGGACAGGUUGAAGGCCGGCUUGGCCCAUCCACUGUGGUCCUGGACCAUACGGGUGGCUUCGAAGGGCUUCUUCUGGUGGACGAUGACCUCCUGGGGGUGAUCGGGCACAGCAACUUUGGUACUAUCCGCUCUACCACAUGCGUGUACAAAGGGAAAUGGGUCUACGAGGUGCUCAUCUCCUCUCAGGGGCUCAUGCAGAUUGGCUGGUGCACUAUCAACUGCCGCUUCAAUCAGGAGGAGGGAGUUGGAGAUACACACAAUUCCUAUGCCUAUGAUGGCAACCGGGUGCGCAAGUGGAAUGUGACCACGACAAAUUAUGGCAAGGCGUGGGCAGCGGGGGACAUCGUGAGCUGCCUCAUUGACCUGGACGAUGGCACUCUGUCCUUCUGCCUGAAUGGCGUGUCACUGGGCACCGCUUUUGAGAACUUGUCCAGGGGCCUGGGCAUGGCCUACUUCCCAGCCAUCAGCCUCUCCUUCAAGGAGUCUGUGGCCUUCAACUUUGGUAGCCGUCCCUUGCGCUACCCAGUGGCAGGCUACCGGCCCCUGCAGGACCCGCCCCGCGCUGACCUAGUACGGGCACAGAAGUUGCUAGGCUGCUUCCAGGCAGUGCUCAGCGUGGAGCUGGACUCUGUGGAAGGCCGGCUGGUGGAGAAGAAUAGCUCUGAGUGGCAGUUGCAAGGCCAGCCCACUGUCCUCCUCACACUGGCCCACAUCUUCCAUCGCUUCGCACCGCUUCUGCGCAAGGUGUACCUGGUAGAAGCCGUGCUCAUGAGUUUCCUGCGGGGCGUCAUGGAAGCAGGCACCCCUGUGCAGGCUCAGUCCGUGGUGCGUCAGGUCCUCGACCUUCUGUGGCUCUUCAUGGAGGACCAUGAAGUGCAGGACUGCCUCAAGCACUUGAUGAUGUCCCUGCUGCGGCUUUACCGAUUCUCUCCCAUCGUCCCAGACCUGGGCCUGCAGAUCCACUACCUGCGGCUCACCAUCGCCAUCCUGAGGCAUGAGAAGUCCCGCAAAUUUCUGCUUAGCAACGUCCUCUUCGACGUGCUUCGGUCUGUGGUCUUCUUCUAUAUCAAGAGCCCCCUGCGAGUGGAGGAGGCUGGCCUCCAGGAGCUCAUCCCCACCACCUGGUGGCCCCACCGCUCCAGCAGGGAGGGCAAAGACAGUAAGGAUGUGAAGGAUGAGACCGCCGAGGAGCGUGUUCGGAGGCGUGCCUAUGAACGGGGUUGCCAGAGGCUCAAGAAGCGCAUUGAAGUGGUGGAAGAACUGCAGGUCCAGAUCCUGAAGCUGCUGCUGAACAAUAAAGAUGAUAACGGGGGUGAAGCUUCUAGAUACAUCUUCCUGACCAAGUUCCGCAAGUUUCUACAGGAGAAUGCCAGUGGCCGGGGGAACAUGCCUAUGCUCUGCCCCCCUGAGUACAUGGUCUGCUUCUUGCACCGGCUGAUCUCUGCCCUGCGCCACUAUUGGGAUGAAUACAAGGCCUCAAAUCCUCGUGCCUCCUUCAGUGAGGAGGCCUACAUCCCACCCCAGGUCUUCUAUAAUGGCAAGGUAGACUACUUCGACCUUCAGCGCCUGGGAGGCCUCCUCUCACACCUUCGGAAGACCCUCAAAGAUGACCUUGCCUCCAAGGCCAACAUCCUGAUCGACCCGCUGGAGCUCCAAGCUGCCACCAUGGAUGACCUGGACGAGGAUGAGGAGCCAGCCCCGGCUGCGGCCCAGCGCCCCACGCAGGCUCUGGCCAUGGGGGGCGUGCUGCCCCUGCCCCGGCCCAGCUGGCUCAGUUCUCCAACCCUGGGCCGAGCUAACCGCUUCCUCAGCACAGCGGCCGUGAGCCUGAUGACCCCACGGCGGCCUCUGAGCACCUCGGAGAAAGUGAAGGUCCGCACGCUGAGCGCCGAACAGAGGACUCGUGAGGACAUUGAGGGCAGCCACUGGAACGAGGGCCUGCUGCUGGGGCGGCCUCCCGAGGAGCCAGAGCAGCCCCUCACCGAGAAUUCCCUGCUGGAAGUCCUGGAUGGCGCCGUCAUGAUGUAUAAUCUCAGCGUUCACCAGCAGCUGGGCAAGAUGGUGGGUGUGUCUGAUGAUGUCAAUGAGUAUGCCAUGGCUCUAAGGGACACAGAGGACAAGCUGCGCCGGUGCCCUAAGCGGAGGAAGGACAUCCUUGCAGAGUUGACCAAGAGUCAGAAGGUUUUCUCCGAAAAGCUGGACCACCUGAGUCGCCGGCUUGCCUGGGUCCAUGCUACUGUCUACUCCCAGGAGAAGAUGCUAGACAUAUACUGGCUGCUGCGCGUCUGCCUGCGGACCAUCGAGCAUGGGGACCGCACGGGUUCUCUCUUUGCUUUCAUGCCUGAGUUCUACUUGAGUGUGGCCAUCAACAGCUACAGCGCUCUCAAGAAUUACUUUGGCCCCGUGCACAGCAUGGAGGAGCUCCCAGGCUACGAAGAGACCCUGACCCGCCUGGCUGCCAUCCUUGCCAAACACUUUGCGGACACACGCAUUGUGGGCACUGACAUCCGUGACUCACUGAUGCAGGCCCUGGCCAGCUACGUGUGCUACCCACACUCCCUGCGAGCCGUGGAGCGGAUCCCUGAGGAGCAGCGUGUGGCCAUGGUGAGGAGCCUCCUGGCUCCCUAUGAGCAGCGGCCCUGGGCCCAGACCAACUGGAUCCUGGUGCGGCUCUGGAGGGGCUGUGGGUUCGGGUACCGCUACACACGGCUGCCACACCUGCUGAAAACCAAACCUGAGGAUGCCAACUUGCCCAGCCUCCAGAGUGAGUGGCCAGAGCCCUGCCCCUCCACCCUGCUUCAGCAGCACAUGGCAGACCUGCUGCGGGAGGGUCCCGACGUGGCACCCAGCUUCCUCAACAGUGUCCUCAACCAGCUCAACUGGGCCUUCUCGGAGUUCAUUGGCAUGAUCCAGGAGAUCCAACAGGCUGCUGAGCGCCUAGAGCGGAACUUUGUGGAUAGUCGGCAGCUCAAGGUGUGUGCCACCUGCUUUGACCUCUCAGUCAGCCUGCUGCGUGUCCUGGAGAUGACCAUCACGCUGGUGCCUGAGAUCUUCCUUGACUGGUCCCGGCCUACCUCUGAGAUGCUGCUGCGGCGUCUUGCACAGCUGCUGAACCAGGUGCUGAACCGGGUGACGGCUGAGAGGAACCUGUUUGACCGUGUGGUCACCCUGCGACUGCCUGGCCUGGAGAGCGUGGACCACUACCCCAUUCUUGUGGCUGUGACGGGCAUCCUGGUGCGGCUUCUGGUGCAUGGUCCAGCCUCAGGGACAGAGAGAGCCACAUCAGUGCUCCUUGCUGAUCCCUGCUUCCAGCUCCGCUCUAUAUGUUAUCUCCUGGGGCAGUCAGAGCCCCCUGCCCCUGGCACUGCCCUUCCUGCCCCUGACCGGAAGCGCUUCUCCCUGCAGAGCUGUGAGUGGACCAGGGAUGGAUCAGGGAUUUGGGACUGGGAUAGAUCAGGAGUCUCAAGAAGAGCAAAUUCUCAAAUUGUGGUACUUAAGAGGCACUGGGUUCUAGGUGGGUCUGACACCUGCUACCCACCCCCACUCCAGACACAGAUUACAUCAGCCUUGAGGAGUUGGCCCAGGUGGAACAGAUGCUGGCACACCUCACCUCUGCAUCUGCCCAGGCAGCAGCAGCCUCCCUGCCCACCAGCGAGGAGGACCUCUGCCCCAUCUGCUAUGCUCACCCCAUUUCUGCUGUGUUCCAGCCCUGUGGCCAUAAGUCCUGCAAGUAAGUGGGCCCCAUGGGUGCAGCGGGCUAGGGAAGUGGCAUGGAUACACAGACCCUCCUCCUCCUCCUGCCCUCCCCUGUUGUAGAGCCUGCAUCAACCAGCACCUGAUGAACAACAAGGAUUGCUUCUUCUGCAAAGCCACCAUCGUGUCUGUAGAGGACUGGGACAAGGCAGCUGGUGCAAGUACCACUUCCUCAGCUGCCUAGCCCACAUGGCAGCAGCCUCCACCCCUGAACUCAGACCCAGGUUGGGCCCUAUUUAUGAGCUCCUCUUGCCCUGUUCCCCGUGGACCCUCCCCCCCGCCCCCGCCAUAUCCACCCUCCCUGAGUGUAACCUCAUUGGUGGGAGCCCAGCCAUGUCCUCAUCGUGCCUGAGCUUGACUUUCAGCCAGGGCCACAGUGAGCAUUAAAUUAUUAUUCCAUACA